CAAACCAACCCAACGCUGACCGGUUCUUCCAUUGACCGAGUGGGAAGCGGGAACCCUUCUAAUCCGAUCCGUGCGUUCAGGGGUUUAGGGUUUGAGCCCAACCCCACCUCUACCCCCUUCCAAGCCCCAUCUCUAUCUCUGUCUUUCCUUGAAAAAACAAACCAACAACAAAAAACAAGAGUACGGUAACAAAAGCUGAGUCGUGAGUCUCUCCUAUGGAACCUACCCUUCUUUGUGCCCACUUCUAUCAAAUCCACGCCGGCCGCCGGUGAUCAGUCGGUUGAUGGGGUGGUGGUAUUGGACGCACAGACCAACUAGAACACGCAUUCUUGUCGUCAUUAGAUCAUGCGGAGGAGUAUUCAUAAUCUUCUGUGCAACAAAAGUCAACAAGGAAUCUAACAGCAGUAGCAGAAAUUCGAUUGGCGGAUUAGUGGCUAUGAUUGCGACUGACUAUCAUCCCUGCUCCUCCUACUGAUCGUUACACACGGAUACUUAGAAGAGUAUGUCUGAUUUGGUGGCCCGCACGGGUCGACUUCAGCAGCGCUACGAGGCCGGCUGUCGCCUUGUCGCCGGGUGUAUUCCAUACAGAUACAGAAGGUCUGAUGAGAGUAGUACUGCAAAUUCUAAGAAGAUUGUUGAGGUUCUUAUGAUCAACUCAACUAGUGGACCUGGUCUCUUGUUUCCAAAGGGAGGAUGGGAGAAUGAUGAGACUGUUGAGGAGGCUGCAGUACGGGAAGCUUUGGAAGAAGCUGGAGUCCGAGGUGAAAUAAAGGGAUUCAUAGGGUACUACAAAUUUAAAAGCAAAACCCACCAAGAUGAGAUCACUCCAGAAGGCUCGUGUAAAGCUGCAAUGUUUGCUUUGCUAGUCAAGGAAGAGCUUGACUUAUGGCCGGAACAGAGUACUCGUAAGAGGAAAUGGCUAGAGAUCCCUGAAGCAGUUAAGCAAUGCCGUCAUGCAUGGAUGCAUGAAGCUCUUACAGAAGGCUUCUGCAAGUGGUAUGCAGAUAAUGUGGAGACCGCAGAGCAGGUGGAGUGUCCCAUUUCUUCGUCCUCCCCAGAUAGGGACUGAUUGUCUGCAUGUCUGGAUGUGCACAUGCAUGUAUAUACAUGCCGACAAGAAUGUGCCUUGCUGAAGCUGUUGUUUAUGAGGAUUCUUUCUCUCUUUUUCCUUUUUCCCUGUCAGGUCACAGGACAAUACUAAUUGAGGUGCUUUUCCGGGUGUCUUUUUAAGUCCUUAUAUUUGCCCGGAAUUUGUUUUUCUUUUGUUUUUAUGCCAUAUUCCUUCUCAUCCUUGUGUUACUGUAUUUGGUGAAAAAGGAUUCAUACUUUAGGAUAAAUAUUUAAGGUGCCUCACUUGUUGAAUUAUUUA